AUGGGGAACGAAGCGAGUCUGGAAGGAGGCGAAGGGCCCCCGUCUGGGCUUCCAGAGGGGUUGGCACCUGACGGGAAGGGCGGCUUUGUGCGGGUGUCCGAUGGGACUCCGGUCAACCUGAGUGAACUCAGCGAGGAGCAGAGGAGGCAGCUCUCCGCCGCGAUGUCAAGGGCGCAAGGCAGGCAGCCCGGAGGCGCAGCAGCUGCACGAAGACCGUCUGAAUCUGAUACACAUCAGCGUUCCCAGCAGGUAGGGGCCUCCAGGGGCCCUACAGGUCUCAGUAAAAGUCGCACUGUAGACGCCUUCAACCAGGGUCCACCUGGAAAGCUCACACCAGGCCGCAGCCCCUCGUCACUCAGCCUUUUUGAAUCCAGAUUCCGGCAGGAGCCUAAAGACCCAGAGACUAAGUCUUCCGGCAUGUUUGGCUCCAGCUUCCUCAGCGGGGCCAACCCCCUCAGUGCCGUGUCAUCGAUGACCUCGUCAGUCUCCUCCUCCAUAACCUCCAUGGGGGAUAACGUCAACAUCCCCAAGUUUGGACUCUUUGGGGAUGAGGAGGAAGGAGACGAACCUGCAGCACCCGAGUCCAAGCAGGGAGGAAAGCCACCAGGCAGGGGCCCUCAGCAGGGGCCAGGUCCCAAAGGACCACAACAAAGAGGACCUCAGAAACAGGGUCAGGGCCCACCUGGACAGGGGCCAAAGCCAGGGCAAGGGCCCCCUGGACAAGGACCCCCUGGGCAAGGACCCCCUGGGCAGGGACCCAGGCAAGGGCAGGGCCCUCCUGGACAGGGGCCAAAGCCAGGGCAAGGGCCCCCUGGACAAGGACCCCCAGGGCAAGGGCCCCCUGGACAAGGACCCCCAGGGCAAGGACCCCCUGGGCAGGGACCCAGGCAAAGCCAGGGACCACCAGGCCAGGGGCCCAAACCUGGCCAAGGUCCUCCUGGCCAAGGACCCCCUGGGCAGGCCCCCAGGCAAGGUCAGGGUCCACCAGGCCAAGGACCCCCAGGGCAACAGGGCCCCAAACCAGGUCAAGGGCCACCAGGUCAAGGUGUCAAACCAGGUGGCCCUCCCCAGCAAAAAGGUGGACCCCUUCAACAAGGACCUGGAAAGCCUGGACCCAUACAGCAGGGGCCACCAGGUCCUGGGUCUCAUCCUGGAGAACCACCUAAGACUGGAGGGCCUCCUGGUCCACAGGUGCCUGGAAAACCUGGGGGUGGACUCUGUCCGCUGUGUAAGACCACCCAGCUGAACCUUGGGUCUAAGGACCCGCCAAAUUACAAUAACUGCACUGAGUGUAAGAACCAGGUCUGCAGCCUCUGUGGGUUCAGCCCCCCAGACUCAGCGGGUAAAGAGUGGCUGUGUCUGAACUGCCAGAUGCAGCGAGCGAUGGGAGGUAUGGAUCCCCCUGGCAUGACAAAGCCCAAACAAGGCUCGGCCCCGCCCUCACCGCAGAGACAGGCACCUGGCAAGCCUGGCAAGCUGCUGAUAAAGCAGCAGAGUACCACCGAUCAAGGGUUAACGCCGCCAACCACGCCAAGGCAGAAAUCCCCAGGUCCUACCUCUCCUGGGCCGCUCUCCCCCGGUUCAUCAUUGGGUGGAUCGCCCAAAAUUGACCCCAAGACAGGACGCCCCAUUCAACCGAAGUCCAGUCCCCAACAGUCUCCAGCUAAACCCAAACAGGAGUCCAGCUUUUUUGGCGGAUUGGGAGGUAUCAGUCUCGGAGGAUUGACGGACGCAGCCAAACCUCCAGCAGCUGCUUCACAAGCUGCUGAGUCCGUCACAGGGAAACUGUUUGGUGGUUUUGGCGGUUUGAUGGAAUCGUCGAAGCCUCAAUCCCAGGCCGCGCCAAAGCAGGAGGAGUCAGUGGCGGGGAAGUUGUUUGGAGGUUUUGGAGGGUUGGCAGAAUCAGCAAAACCUCCCGCCGGUGCUUCUCAGAUGUUCAGCUUUGGAUCGUCACUGCUGAGUUCUGCCACCAAUCUUGUCACUGGAGAGGAGGAGAAGGCUCCAGGAUCUCCAAAGGGGUCACCGCAAGAUUCUGGACCAGGUUCCCCUCCGGAUUCUGGCCCUGGCUCACCACCUGACUCCCCCUUCUCUGCACCUGGGUCUCCUCCUGAUUCGGACUCUGCUCCUGACACUCCGCCUGCUAAGUCCAAGAAACCGCCCAGAACCAUUUCUGUGGAGCAGGAAGAGAAGGCGCCAGUCGCCGCACCUGCACCUGCACCUGCCCCAACCACCAAGGAAAGCUGCCCUCUCUGUAAUGUGGACCUGAACGUCGGAUCGGCAGAUGCUCCAAACUACAGCUUCUGCACCGAGUGCAAGAAGACAGUUUGUAAUCUUUGUGGAUUUAAUCCGACUCCCCAUUUAGGAGAGAAAGAAUGGCUUUGCCUCAACUGCCAGACCCAAAGAGCCAUGUCCGGCCAGCUGGGAGACAUGCCACCUCCAGCCAUGGCUUCCCCGAAGAAGCAACCACCUGCUCCUGCUCCCUCUUCCACCCCUGCCCCCGCUGCUUUAGAUAGUAAACCAGUAGUAGAAGCAGCAGACCCAACCCCACCAGUACCUGAUGCCAAGGUGAAAACGGUGGAGACCUUGAAAGAGCCUGCAGAGAAAGAAAUGACUGCCAAAGACAGCAGUCCCACCAGCCCAUCUGACCUAGCCAAGCUGGAAAGCACAGUCCUUCCCAUUCUUGAGGCCCAGGCAAGCACACAACCAAAGGAUGAUGAGGAGAAACUAACUGACACUCUGAAGACAAGACGUAAAUUAGAGGUGCUUCCUCUCUCACCUGACUCACCCAGCUCAGAGGAUGACAGAGAACUUUCUGAAAAGAAUGCCAAAGGUGCCACAAAGAAAAAGCUACUUGUGCCCAUGGAUGUUCGGGCAGAUUCCCUGGAUGAUAGCAGUGAAAGCUUUGGAAAAGAAAGCCCAAUGUCUGGGGAUGAUGAGGAAUUUAUCCGAAAACAGAUAAUGGAAAUGAGCGAGAAUGAGGAUGCUUCCCCGUCUGAUGAGGAAAACCUAGUGCGGCGCAAAAUCAGAGAGAAUGAGAAGAAGCAAAUGGAGCAGCAGGCAACAGAGAGGAGUACAUCAGGAAAAAGCAGGCGACUAACCAAGAAAAGCACUAUAAGUCCAGAUGAUGAGGAAGAUAAGCAAUUCCAUGGCUCAUUGGAUAAACCUGAUAUGGAGAAAGAGGAGGGACAAGAGGAGCAUCAGAGUGGUACUGCAGUUCGCAAAUUCCGAACAAUGGAGCUCAAUACAACCAGCAGCCCUGUGCGUAUACCUAAUGAUGACGGAGAACCUGAAAUGGAAAGUCUUACAGACUCUCCAGAUGAUCGAUCCAGAGGUGAGGGGUCAUCCAGCCUCCAUGCAUCCAGCUUCACUCCUGGUACUUCCCCAACAUCCCUCUCAUCACUUGAUGAAGACAGUGACAGUAGCAGUCCUAGCCAUAUUCGUUCUGGUGAGGGCAAACAACAAAGGAAAGCCAAACACAGACAGCCUGGUCAAAUGCUGCCAACUAUUGAAGACUCUUCUGAGGAAGAAGAGUUACGGGAAGAAGAGGAGCUGCUCAAGGAGCAAGAAAAACAGAAGGGCUCUGGGAAGAAAUCCAAGAAAGACAAAGAAGAGAUUCGAGCCCAGAGGAGGCGAGAGCGGCCAAAGACGCCACCAAGCAACCUUUCCCCCAUUGAGGAUGCCUCACCAACUGAGGAACUGAGGCAAGAAGCUGAGAUGGAGGAAAUCAGACGAUCUUCUUGCUCUGAUUUCUCCCCCAGUAUUGAAUCAGAUUCUGAAGGGUUUGAAAUCCAUGCCUCAAAGAUUGCAGCAGUUCAGAAAACGUAUCAACUGCCUGUAUCAGUGUCUCUCCACUCCCCAACAGAUGAUCAAAAUCCUGAUGAACCACAGAAAAAACCUCUCAAAUCUGCUGAUGAGGCUUAUGAGGAAAUAAUGCUGAGGGUUAAGUCUCCAACACUUGAGAAAGGGGAGAUUCAACCAGGAAAAGAGUCCCUUUAUGGAGGCAUGCUUAUUGAAGACUAUGCCUAUGCAUCUCUUAUUGACAAUUCAACAGCUGAUCAGGUCGACUCAGAGAAGAUUUUUGUUCCUACUCAGCCAAAAAAACUGAGAUCACCCGAUGAAGUUUAUGAAGACAUGAUAAAGAAGAGGAAGGAAUUCAUGCAGCUGGAGCAGGAAUAUCAAAAUAUGCAGCCAAUGAAAGAAGGCACUAAUCCAAAAAUUGUGUUGCAACCUGCUGAGAAUACUUUCUCUAAAAGCAGCACAGUAACAUUAGGCAAAGAUGGGAAACCAUUGUUGGAUGCUGAAGCUGCCUAUGAAGAGCUAAUUAAAAGAGUGCUGACCCCUGGAACAAGUCCAACUCAGCAGGAGCCAGAAGUGGAAACCACUGCAUCUAGGAGGGCACUCCACCCCAUUCCAGACUUGAAGGUGACUCAGUGCUCUUCGGGAGAACUGUCGUCUGAUGACGAGAGUAUGCUUAAAAAGGAAGAGGAUACAACUGCAGUAUCAGACACAACAUCAGCUGUGGAAACUGAGUCAGUGAAAGUGGUUUCUGAGUCCCCUCCAUUGUCCACAUCUGAUCAGCAACCUCACAUCACAAUCGCAGAAUCCCAGGCUGAUGUUGUGGACUUAUCAAGCACACUCCCCAAAGCAUCACCCUCUGUGAUUGUCAGUGUAUCACCCUUGCCCACAGUUCCUCAGUACACACCCAGUAUUCCCAGUGUAGUGUCAACUGCCCCGCCUAUACCCCCCAAGCCAAGCGUCCUGCGUAGGGCUAAUUCUCAGGAAAAAACAGAAGUACCUGUUGCACCACCACUGCCUCCUCCCACCCCACCAAAACCAACAGUUUUUCCAAGGAAAGCUCCAGUUCCACUUCCACCUCAGGCUACUGCAACUCCAGUCAGGCCAGAAACAGUGGCUAUGACUGUAGCCCCAGCACCACCUAUAAGACAAACAGGUACACCAAUGUACAAGCCUCAUGUUCCUCCUCCUGUUGCCCCAAAGCCAGCCAUUCAUGCAGGGAUUGGGGAUAGCCACCGACCAGUACAUGGUGUCAAACCACCAAUUGCACCAAAACCUGGCUCGCAGCCUUCUUCACCUGCCCAUGCCUCACAUCCACCAAGACCCACUGUACUUCCCACUGGUCCGACUGACAAUGUCCUAAAUCUGAGCCCGUCUUCUGAGAGCAAGCCGUUUCAACCCUCACCAAAGUCUCCUUCUUCUCCACGAUAUGCCAGUAAUCUUCGUGACACAUAUGUAGUCAUCACACUGCCAUCUCAGCCCAGCUCUCCAGUAGACAGCGUCUCAACUCAAGCUCCAUCUAGCCCUGGCCCAGCAUCUCCUUCACGCCAAGUUCAGUCCCAAAGUUAUCAACAACCACAGCCUCAACCUCAAUCAUAUCCUCAGCAGCAUCCACAACCAACACCUCCUCAAACAACCAGGGUGCCUCUGGCAUACACACGAGUCACAGAAUCCAUUGAAAGUCAGGAGAUUUGUGGCCCAGAAAAACAUGUAUCUAGCUCUUGUCACAUAAUUGAGGCUAUAUCUGCCUCGGCACAGCCAAAUGUGGUUAUACCUAACCUGAUCUCUCAAGUGGUCACAACUGAAGUCCAAAGGACCACUGUUUCUGUUGUUCAUGAAAGGACACCACCACCAGUGCCAGCUCCGAGGGCAAAUGGCGUCCCAAUCUCGAUGGAGAAACCUAAGCCCCAAUUGCCAGCACAGAAUGGACAGGCCAUCCAACCUUCCGAGGUGGUUGAUCUUAGGACAAUGAAGGUGGACCCAGGAUCCAAUAUGAAUGGCAUGGAUCUGUCUGCUGGCCCAGACUCAAGACGUCAGUCCUUGGCAACUGAUGUCAGUCGUCAGAACAGUGCAGUGCAAUCACCUGUGGUCAACCUCAGUGCUGAAUCAUCCACUGUCUCUAUAGUGACUGAUAGUAUCACCAUUGUGACCUGUUCUGCCACCAUCCAACAAUGUGACAAUGUAGACACCUCUCAAGUGUCUUCAGUGCCCCUUCAGUUAACAAAAAAUAAAGCAUUUGAGCCUGUUUCUCAGAUUAUAUAUCGACCAAUUGAUUCACAGCCGCCCACUCAUGCUGGUACAGAGAUCCCUAUUAACCUCUCAGUCGGAUCAGUCACAGGUGGAGGGACUUUCCAGACCACCCCUGUCACCAUUGCACCCACUUGUGUUGCAAAUUGUGUUGCCAAUGGAUUAACUACAGGUACAACUACAGUGGCAGGAGCUGUUGACCUAAGCACUACAAAACCAUUCAAUACUGUGGUAUCAGUGGAUGCUGCUUCUGCAGAAGUUGUCACAGCUGUCAUCACAGAUGAUGAUGGCAAACCAGUGGAUCUGACUGCAGGGAAAAGAGCUGUAUGCUGUGAUGUUGUGUACAAGCUCCCAUUUGCAAGUAGCUGCACUACUCAGCAACCUACCACACCCCUGCCUGAAGACCGUUUUGGAUAUCGUGAUGACCAUUACCAGUAUGACCGAUCACCCUACGGCAUGAGAGGGUUUGGUGGAAUUAAACCAUCGAUGUCAGACACUAACCUAGCAGAAGCUGGCCUAUUCUUUUACAAGAGUAAGAACAGCUAUAAUUUCAGUGGCACCACAGAUGGUGCAGUAGACCUUACCUCAGCAAAGAUUUCUGAUGCAGGUGAAGCUGUGGACUACUCCAAGAAAGGGACUUAUGCAGGAAUGACAAUUCCACCCUAUUCCCAAGGCAGAGUCACAAGUGCUGUUGGUACACUCUUUGGUACAAGUAGUGUUUUGAGAUCAUCAAAUGGGGUGGUCUAUUCCUCUGUUGCAGCACCAAUCCCAUCUACAUAUGCUAUUACCACCCAACCUGGGUCCAUCUUUAGUACAACAUACAACACUCUGUCAGGUAUGCAUACCAGCGACACCAUGCCUUCCCUGUCCAACCUCCAGAAUUUGCCACUGACAAGGUCCCACAGUUUCUUGUCCACCAUCUCCACUACAGAAGAACAAGGAGAUACCCCACUCAAUCUGGAGAUCUCUAGAGGGGGUAGUUCGAAUGCUGUCACCACAGCAACAACCUCCUUAUCCCUUGAUACCUACACUGAUGCAUCCCUCGAGGCUAUAGCUGCUUCACUGGAGGCUUUGUCUUCACCUAUGGUUCCUGGGGAUGGGCAGUAUCAGGCAGAGCGUGAGAGGCUAGAGAUGGAGAAACUCAAGCAACAACGCCUAGCUGAGGAAUUAGAGUGGGAGCGCCAAGAGAUUCAGCGUUUCCGAGAGCAAGAACAGCUCUUGGUGCAGAAGGAACUGGAGGAGCUGCAGGCCAUGAAGCAGCAGAUUCUGUCCCAACAAGAAGAGGAAAGACAGGCUCACCUUAUGAUGCAGAAAGAAACUUAUGCCCAGCAACAACAGCAGCUUGAGCAGAUUCAGAGACUCCAAGAGCAACUGCGCAUGCAACUGGAAGAGCAGAAGCUUCGUCAGAUGUACCCAGGUGGGGACAUACCAGGGCAUGGCAUACAGGAGGCUCUUGUCUUAGGACCCGAUGGCACAGUGCUGUCCCGAAAGAUUACGGACAGUGGGUGCCAGACAGAUGAAGAGGAUGAAGCAGUCAGCAAAGCUUACACAGCAGGGCGAAAAAAGAGAAGUGCUAAAAAGAGUGUUGACAGUUGUGUGCAGACUGAUGAUGAGGAUCAAGAUGAAUGGGAGGCUAAGAGCAGAAGCCGACAAAGCAGGCCACGCACUGCCAGGGGGGAUAGGGGUGGGCAGUCAGAUAUGUCUCUUCAAGCGCACACUGAGAUUUCUAUACAAACAGAUACCGAGGGAAACAUUAGAAUGGACACCAGGAUGGAGUUGUCUGACUCUGAGAGGACUUCACCAAAGAAACGACCUACACCCUUAGAAAUAGGUCAGUCUUCUAACCUGAAAGUUGAAUCCUCUAUGCUUCAAGCCCCUCCUAAAUCUCCCAAAGUGCUCUAUUCACCAAUAUCCCCCUGCAUAUCCCCUAGCAAAUCCCUUGAGUUUGUGUCCUAUGACAAAUCACUAGGUGAUACAAGCCCACAGAAGCUAAAAGGAGGUACGGAUCCAUCAAAAGCAUCUCCAGGUAGUCCCAGGGGACCAAAAGCCAUGCAGCGAUCCAUGUCUGACCCUAAGCCUAUGAGUCCAACCGGAGAAGAAAGAUCAACUUCUGGCACCCAAUGUGGUGAUAGCUAUACUGGGAAAAGCUCAGGUGGUACUCCAACAGGCACUCAAAAGAAGGUGAAGAGGACUCUCCCCAAUCCACCAUCAGAGGAUGAGUCAACAACGACUGGCCAGACAGCAUACAGCACUGGUUCGGCCCGCCGAAGAAUGUGCCGCAAUUCCAACAUGGCACGUGCCAAGAUCCUGCAAGACAUUGAUCGCGAGCUAGAUCUGGUAGAGCGUGAAUCUUCCAAGCUACGGAAAAGACAAGCAGAGCUAGAUGAGGAAGAGAAAGAGAUUGAUGCCAAGCUUAGGUACCUGGAGAUGGGCAUUAAUCGUAGAAAAGAUGUGCUAUUGAAGGAGAGAGAGAAGAGAGAAAGGGCUUAUUUACAGAGUGUUGCAGAGGACAGAGACUACAUGUCAGACAGUGAGGUUAGUAACAUACGAGAGACGAGAGGUGGCCUUGGAGGUGGUGAAGAUGAGGAGAUUGAAGGUCAUGGUCUUGAACGCCCAAGGACAGCUCCUCAGUCAGAACUGGAUGACUUUGUCCCACCUCAAACCAAGCAUGAAUAUGGAAAAUACUCCCAGUACCAGUACAAUACCAGCCAAUACCAGCAAUCGAUCUACCAACCCACCCAGUCCUACCAAUCUCAUUCUCUCUACUCCUCUGUCCCCUCGCUAACUAGCUCCCAGCAGCAGAGUUACCACCAGAUGCUCCUGUUGCAACAGAAAGCUGCCAGACAAGCUGCCCUCCUCUCAGAGCUGGAUGCAACUAAGUAUGAUGUCAUUAGCCGCCAGCCUGAUCCAACAUCAUCAGCUUACCUGGGAGUCAAGUAUGACAAAUAUGGCAACCACCUUGACCUCAGAGCUUUGGAGGUGGGAAGCCUAGCACGUAGCCCCAUGUCUGCUGUCUCCGAUUCCUAUUACACAGAUGUAGAUCAUCAUACACCUAGGAGUUACAUGUUGCUGGAAGAUGCUGCAGAACUGGCUAAGGGCUCCACAGGUCUGUCUUCAUCUUACAGUCUAGCUGAGAGGGAGUUGGCCAAGGCUGAGAAGCUGCUGCGCAGGAGUGCUGCAGAUCUGGGGUCUACUGACUAUCUGGGAUCCACAUCUAGACUGCACACAUUUGGAAAGACCCCUGAUGAAGAGGAUACAAUGGAGGAACCCUAUGAACUGAAACUGCUGAAGCAGCAGCUCAAGCAAGAGUUUAGGAGAAGUACAGGGUCAGAAAACUUGGAACAAUUGACAGGCCUUUCCCAGCACUACUAUUCCCCAAGCUCAAGCAUCUCUAGUUACUCCCAAAGACAUUAUCCAAAGUCAGACAAGUACAGCAUCAGUCGACUUACUCUAGAGAAGCAGGCGGCCAAACAACUCCCAGCAUCCAUGCUCUACCAAAAACACAAGACUCCAUUGUUAGAUCCUAAGAUCUCUUCAAAGUAUUCCUCUAUUACAGACAACAGGGGUUUGGAGACAGACUACACUAGCUAUCUUGGGUCUACCAGUGCAUCAGCAAGAUCCAGCCGCCUCUCGCAAGAUGAGAUUACCUUUGGCCUUCGUAAAAAUAUUGCUGAGCAACAAAAAUACCUAGGGUCCACUUUGGGUGCCAACUUGGCAGGGUCACUAAACUUGGGCCAGAGUUUAGGUUUGGACUCUUCCUACCCUAGUGGUAGUCGCUCAAGACCCUCAUCCAGACCCACAUCCUGCUAUGGUUUGGACUUGUCGAUUAAAAGAGACCCUUCAAGCUCUUCGCUGAGGCUUAAAGGGGACGGUGAAACAUCUGGAGAUGUAACAAGCUAUCAAACCCCAUCUGGUCGCACCAAACCUACCAGCCUUCCCAUUGUGCAGAGUGGUCGUGGGCGAAUACCUAUAGUGGCGCAGAACUCAGAGGAAGAGAGUCCAUUGAGCCCUGUUGGGCAACCUAUGGGCAUGGCCCGGGCAUCGGCGGGACCUCUGCCACCCAUCUCAGCUGACUCAAGGGACCAGUUUGGGUCCUGCCUUUCCUUGCAGGAUUCUCAGCAGCAACAUAUCAGGGAAGAGCCAACCAGGGGUAGGGGUUAUGUGCUUCUGGAUGACCUUCAGGGCACCAUGUCAGAUAGUGAAGCGCUAAGUGAUUCCCUGAUGGCUUUGAACAGAGACGAUGCGACCAAUGCCUACCACCUCAGACGAGAGGAGACAGACUGGUUUGACAAACCAAGAGACGGACGGUCAGAGAACGGACAAGAGAAGAGACAGGGAAAAGGCCCGUACUACCCCUUCCCUCACCUCAGGGUCAAACUACAGAGGGAUCCCAAAGAUCGCAGUGUCUCAGGAAAUGGUCUGGGUAUCCGUGUGGUUGGAGGGAAAGAGGUCCCUGCCAGUAAUGGAGACAUCGGGGCUUAUGUUGCCAAAGUCCUACCUGGAGGAGCUGCAGAGCAAACAGGAAAGAUUCUUGAAGGAAUGCAAGUCCUGGAGUGGAAUGGCGUUCUUCUGACGGGAAAAACCUAUGAAGAGGUGCAAGGGCUCGUCGGGCAGCCGUGCAAUGAAGCAGAAGUGUGUGUCAGACUUGAUCUCAACAUGCUGGCUGAGUCUGACGGUUCUGAGCACCUGGAUUUCCAGGAGCACAGCAAAAGUGACAGACCUCCCAGGUCUCCAGGUGUUGACCCCAAACAGCUGGCUGCUGAGCUGCAAAAGGUGUCCCAGCAGCAGGCCCCCACCUCCACCUCUUCCUCCGGUCUGCCCCCCACCACCUCAGCGACCUCCAGCCCCGCUCAACCAGGAUCGCCCUCCGUCAGCAAGAAACGCCACAGCAGCAAGACUGCAGAGGGAAUGAAGACCCAGUCUCACCCCGUCUCUGGAGAGAUACAGCUUCAAAUCCACUACGACAAGCAGCUUGGCAACUUGAUCGUUCAUGUCCUGCAGGCUAGAAACCUCGCCCCGCGGGACAAUAAUGGCUACUCUGACCCGUUUGUUAAAGUGUAUCUCCUGCCAGGGAGAGGUCAGGUCAUGGUUGUCCAGAACGCCAGUGCUGAAAACAAGAGGAGGUCCAAACAUGCAGGGAAGAGUCUCAACCCUGAGUGGAACCAGACUGUCAUCUAUAAAAACAUCCACCUGGAGCAGCUGAGGAAGAAGACCCUUGAAGUGAGCGUGUGGGACUACGACAAGUGCUCCUCUAAUGAUUUCUUGGGAGAGGUCCUUAUUGACCUGUCCAACACCUCCCAGCUGGAUAACGUCCCCAGGUGGCUCCCCUUGAAGGAGCAGAGCGAGGGGGACCACCACCGGCGCUCCCACUCAGGCCAGGGCCGACACAGCUCCUCUAAACCCUCCUCGCAGCACUCCUCCCCUAAAACCUCUGGCUCCGCACACGACAAUCAGGAUUCCCCAAAAUCAUCUGUCAUAAAGAGCCGAAGCCACGGGAUCUUUCCAGAUCCUGCCAAGGACACGCAGGUGCCCACUAUCGAGAAAUCUCACAGUAGCCCUGGCACAUCGAAGCCUUCCCCGUCCGAGGGCCAGAGCCAAAGCCACAGCCACGGACACAGCCAACACUCUCGCUCGCACGGCGCUUCACGCUCCAGCAAAAGUGCCGCACGGCAACACCAUCAGGACGGCGGUGUCGCUGGAAGCGGCGUAGCAACGGGCGAUGCCCCGCAGCAGUCACAGCAGCAGCCGCCGCAACGCCUCCAACCAACUCGGUCAAGCUACAGAUCCAGUGACGCCCCGGUCACAGCGGCCUCAUUGGACAGCGGCCUGAGCGGCAGCGCUUACAGCCUGUUGGACGAAGAAGGAGAAAUGAAUGAGGUGGACAGUGCCAUCUUCCAGGUGCCCCGAUUUGGAAAGAUCCCAAAUGGCACAGAUGUGAUGAAAUCAUCAAUGGGACAUGGUGACUCUGAAGGUAAAUCUCAGGUGAUGGGGGAGAUCAAGAUCGCUCUGAAGAAGGAGGUUAAGACGGAGGGGGAGCAGCUGGUCCUGGAGAUUCUUCAAUGUCGCAACAUCACCUACAAGUUCAAGACUCCGGACCACCUGCCUGAUCUUUAUGUGAAGCUCUAUGUGGUGAACAUCGCCACCCAGAAAAGGAUCAUCAAGAAGAAGACCAGGGUGUGCCGUCAUGACCGCGAGCCAUCUUUUAACGAGACCUUCCGCUUCUGUAUGAACCCCGCCGGACACUCUCUACAGCUGUUCCUGGUGUCCAAUGGUGGCAAGUUUGUAAAGAAGACCCUGAUUGGGGAGGCCUACGUGUGGCUGGACAAAGUCGACCUACGCAAGCGAGUGGUGAGCUGGCACAAGCUGCUCGCCAGCACCGCCCAGAUCCACUCAUAGAACGAGACUCAGUCUAAAACAAAAAACUAAACCUGAGGGGGCACCAAGAGGUUUCUGUAACAUCUGUAACACUGAUCCACUCUCGAUGGGUGAUGGAGAGGGUUCUGUGGGUACAGGAGGGGGUUAAAUAUCUCUUUCUUAGAUCUUUGUUUCAGGGCUCAAAGUUUCAGGAGAUGCUUUUGUUCGUAAGGGCAGUUAUGACGAUGAUUUCUGGAAGUUCAGUGGAAGCAGUUAUGCGUUUACAGGAAACGACCACAAGUUUACAGGACGUACAGUGUACAGUAGGCUAACUGAGGAGAACACAGGUUCAGAGGUCAAGCGUGGAAUCAACCAGGUAUUACACACUUUAAAUCACAACACACACACACACACACACACGCACACACACAAGACAACUUUGCACACUCAUUCAUGCAGAAGAGACAUUUUAAUUCUACAGGGAAUGGACACACUUGUGGAUUCAAAUUUAUUUAUUUAGAUGUUUUAUCCAUGAAAGAUUUUCCUCAUUGCUUUAUUAUGAGCGCAGAGUUUUAUUGAUUUACAAAGCAUUUUCGGGAAUGAAAUAUUGAAGACUCCGCUACGGAGACCUCCUAUUUAUUUUUGUAUUAUGAUAUUAGCCUAGAGUUCUAUCAUUUGUCUCCUCCUCAAUUAUUUAAGAAUCUAUCCUGGGAAGGAAACAUAGUAUAUUUUAUAACACACUACCUAGCAUUCCAGUUUGAGAGGAAAAAAAAAAUCUCAGCAAGCAUGAAUUUAUUAAAAACAUCUCCUUAUUCACAUUGUUUCUCUCCGUAAGUGUAAACUAUCAAAUGAUUAUUGUUUGAUAAAUGAUCGAUAUUAUUAUAUAUCAAAUUGGACACUAUUUAUUGUGCGCAUGAGUCUAUCUAUUUGGUAUGCAGUGCCACAUGUUCUGCACAGAAAAAAAAAUCACCUCUAAGGUUCACUUUGUAUAUAGUGAAGUGUCAUAGCUGGAAAAUAAUUAUAACAUAUAUAGAUAGAUAUAGAGAUAUCUUUAUCACAGACAAUCGAGUCUUGAUGAUUGUGACAUAGAGGUUUUAUUUACCCAUGAUGCCCCUUUAGAAUGUGACACAUUUACCAUAUGAGAUUUAAGUUGUUUUUUUUGUGAGAUCCAGUCACAUUACGAGUCUUAUAUCAGUCCUGCUUACAUUUGUAGGAGCACGCUGUUGUCGUAUUUUGCACUUUUUCUGCGUAGAAUGUAAACCUUACAUCGUCAUCCUGCAAAAAUGAAAUAGAGAUUUUUUUAUUAUUAUUUUUUUUAAUCUUUCUUAGGGGAGGAAGUAGAGAGGUGAAGUAAAGCAGCAGUAUCGGGAGAUACUGUAGCGAGCAGAAGACAAAUGGGCUGGAAACCAUCCAUGAAAAAGCACUAUUGUCAGUGGUGUAGUGGUAGUUUAUGAGAUGGGUGUACUAGCAGGUUACCAUGACGAAGUGGGUGUACUCUACUUUGUAUUCAAAUGGCUUUUUGGCUCAUAAAUGGGUGUGCUAUAAACUGCUCGUUCCCAAUCUGGGGGGUCCCAACCCCGACUAGGGGUCACUGAAGCUUCACGGGGGUUU